AAGGUGGGAGGGAGGCAGACACAUAAAGGGUUGAGAGGAGCAGAGGAGGCGUUUUGUUUCUGCUUUUCAGACGACUCACACAUCGACUGUCGACCUGAAACAUCGACACAAAGGAGGAGGAGAAGAAGAAGAAGACUUGAUCAUUCACAGGACGAUGCCUCUGCUGUCUGUCUGCAGGAUUUAUUCCCAGCUGCUCUCAGCUGUGCUGCUGAUGUCAUCGUGGUGCGUUCAGGGUCUGCGCGUGGAGGUGUUUCCCAGAGAGCCUCUGCUGAGACUUGGGGAGCGCCAGCAGCUGGUGGCUCAGGUUCAGGACUGUCCCACGAUGCCUAGCGUGUCCUGGUCUCUUCUGGGCGACCGACAUCUGCCCGCCUCGAUCAGCACCAACAGGACUCACUCUGUGGUGACCUUUGACCCCGUGACGACAGAGCACGACGCGGCGCUGCUGUGUCGAGUGAGCUGUGGAGGCGAAAGCAGGCAGGUCAAAACAACUUUGCAAGUUUACUCCUUCCCAUCAGCCCCUGUGAUCAGGGGUCAGGACCACCUGAGGCUGGGGGCCGAGUCCAGCCUGACCUGCCUGGUGUCUGAUAUUUUCCCCGCCGACCAGCUGACGCUCACCUGGCUCAGAGGAGACGUGUUCCUGGAGAGCACUAUGGGAGAUUCUGGAUCCAGCUCAGUGCAGUCCGAGUACAGAUUCACGCCCCUGAGCCAGGACUCGGGCGCAAACAUCAGCUGCAGGGCUACGCUGAAACUGCAAACUGAGGACAGGACCAAGGAGACCGGCGUCCCCCUAACCCUGCUCUACGCUCCAGUUAUCACGACCAUCUCAGAGUCUGUGUUGGUGAUGGCUGGCUCGCCGCUCACUCUCACCUGUUCGGCGGAGGGAAACCCUGAGCCCAGCAUCACCUGGAGCUUCAGGACGGCAGGUGGUCAUCCUGUGGUGCGGGCUCAAGGCAGGCAGCUGGUCUUCACGGCGGUGAGUCCGUCUGAGGCCGGAUGGUACGACUGCGAGGCCCGGAGCACAGAAGGAAACCAGAGCUCUGCUGUGGAGGUCACAGUUCACGCUCCGCCUUCCAACACCUCCCUGUCAGUGAGUCCAGGUGAGGAGGUGGUGGAGGGUCAGCAGGUGACGUUUACCUGCCGCUCAGACGGAGCUCCGCCCACCGCGCUGGUGCUGAGGAGAGAUGGGGCGGAGCUUCAGAGGACCGACCCCGCCUCCUCCUCAACACUCUCCUUUAACCUCUCCUCCGCCUCGCUGGAAGACUCCGCCCACUACCAGUGUGAAGCCUCCAACCAGUACGGAUCCCAGCUGGUCACCAGCUCCGUCACCGUCAGAGCUCACCCUCUGCAGGUGGAGGUGAGUCCCCCGGUCUCCGUGGCAGAGCGAGGUUCACAUCUGGUCCUGACCUGCAGAGCCUCCGGAUGUCUCCACCCUCCCACCCUCACCUGGAGGAGGACAGGUGAGGACCAGACGGUCCUCCUGAGGACACAGCAGCAGGACGGAUUGUCCCUGCUCCACCUGCAGAACCUGGACCUCCAGGAUCAGGGAGGAUACAGCUGCGAGGCAGAGUGUGACUCUGUCAUCAGGACCGGAAACACCCAGAUCCACGUCUUCUCGUUUCCGUCUGAUCCAGCUCUGGAGCAUCCUGGUCCUGUACUGCUGGGACAGGAGGCAGCUCUUCGCUGUGAUGUCAACGACGUCGUUUCAGCCAAUCAGAUGAGGAUCCAGUGGCUGUCGGGGAACACAACGCUGAUGUCGAAGUCAUUCGGGUUCUCUGGUUCCCUACAGAACAUCUCAUCUGCUCUACAGUACCGGGUCAAAGAGGAUCAGCAGGCUCUGACCUGCAGAGCCGAGCUGCUGACGGAGGACGGAGACGUGUGGAGGUCCAGGAGGACCAGCAUCCGCCUGCAGGUCCACUAUCCUCCGAGGAGAACCUCCCUGUCAGUGAGUCCAGGUGAGGAGGUGGUGGAGGGUGAGCAGGUGACGUUUACCUGCCGCUCAGACGGAGCUCCGCCCACCACGCUGGUGCUGAGGAGAGAUGGGGCGGAGCUUCAGAGGACCGACCCCGCCUCCUCCUCAACACUCUCCUUUAACAUCUCCUCCGCCUCGCUGGAAGACUCCGCCCACUACCAGUGUGAAGCCUCCAACCAGCACGGAUCCCAGCUGGUCACCAGCUCCGUCACCGUCAGAGCUCCUCCACGGAACACCACAGUCCUGGUCCUGCCGUCUGCCGUGGUCCAGGAGGGACAAAACGUCACCGUCUGCUGCCAAACUAUCAGCUUCCCACCGUCAGCCAUGAUCCUGAGGAAGCUGACCAAUGGGACGGAGUUAUACUCCCCUAACUGCACUUUCCUAUUGGUCAACGUCACGGCCAAAGACUCUGGGCUUUACCAGGUCAACGUGACCAACGACCUCGGAUACCAAGUCAGAGUGUUCAGCAUAAGCGUCAGAGAGAGAAGAGCCAGCCUUCCUCUCUGCCUCAGCAUCAUCAUCCCUGUGGUCUGCGCUGCUGCUGCUGGGCUCUCAGCUGCUGCUCUGCUCGUCUGCCUGCUGAGGAGAUCCAGGAAGAAAGGCUUCUAUCAGCUGCCCCAUCCUGCUCCUCCUUCAGCCUGAGGCUACAGCCGGGACCACCUCCCAAUAUGUGGCUACAACAUGCUAACAUAUGGCUUUGGUAUCCCAACAUGUAGAUUCCUUGUCCCACCGUUUGACUCCCAUCGAGUGUGUGGCUGCUACAACCCCUACAUGUUGCCAUUGGUGUUCAACAUGUGACUACUACAUGCAAGUGUCCCAAAAUGUGGCCCCCACCACCCACUAUAUGGCUUCCACAUACUGACAUGUGGCUCUUAUAUUCCAGGAUGUGACCACCACCUCCGAAUACCCAGAUGUGUUGUUUCUGUAACACUCCAACACCAUGUCCCAUCAUGGAGCCACCACAUUCCAACGUCUGCCGAGCAAACGCCAGCACAUGGCUGAUCCAUUCAAAGACAACCCGUCAUGUGACCAGUGAUUGAUAUGACGGCAUGCGACUGCCACGGCCCAAUGUGAUUUUGCUGUUCCUACAUGUGGCCACCAACUAGCAAUAACCCAAAAUGUGGCUACCGUGUCCUACUACACGACUACCACUCCUCGGCAUGUGGCGUCCAUAGUGCAGCUCAAAAUACUGAUGGUCAUGACCGGUUUCUUCAUAAUGUAACUUAUGAACAGCAGUUAAGGUGUCCAUCUUUUACUGUCCUGUCAGCUUGCAGCAGUUUUGCAGUUCAUUCAUUUUUCUCCAGUUUCUGUGGAAUCACUGAUGUUUUUUUAGCAGCUGUGAACGAGCGAAUCGUCCAUUCGAUCGAUCAGCCUGAGGAUCCGAACAGAAGCUGAAACGUCGCUCUGACUCAAAGUUUUGGUUUCACCUCCCUAAUAUGAAGGGAAAAUUCCCAUCAUGGACUCACUGAAUGACCAGAAGGAAGUUGAUGGUCUCCCAGUUUUCCCAGAAUGCAGUAGGUUUGAUAGUCCUGCACCUUCAGUGUUUAUGUUGUGCAUACAGAACCAUGUUGUGUGUUGAAUUAACUGCUGGAUUUCUUGUCUGACUGCUCGUUGAAUGUGUCCACUCUGUCAGAGUGAGCUUUUAUUAAACAUAUUUAUUUCUUCACUUCUGU